GAACGCCUGGCCGACGAGGAAGCGCUCAUCAACUUCGCCGCCCUCCUAGCGCGGGUCGUCGGGAGGACCGAGGGGGCCAUCAAGCAGAAGCUCUUCGCGGUGCGCUACGCCCACCUGGUGGCCGGCUACUCGGACCCCUUGCUCCACAGAGGUCGCCUCUGGAGCACGCUGGCAGGGCUGAAACGCUGGCAGGGGCCCGAGACCAAGCGGAAGAAGCCCGUCACGCCAGCCAUGCUCGAAUGGCUCCGCGGCUUUCUCCAGCAGGACGGGCGCUCGCGGUCCUUCGAGCGCGUGCUGCACGGGGAGGACGUAGAGCCCAAGAAGGAGGGGAAGCGAGUGGCCAGCUUCCAGGACGCCGACGAGAUGGUGAUCUACAUCAAGAGCGGCAAGACGGACCAGCUCAACGUCGGGACGGUGGGGAACCACUACCGCGCCGGCACGUCGCUCUGCCCGAUCGCGGCGAUGGGGCGGCCCCAGGCUCACCAUCCUCAGCGGAUAAAGGGCACCGAGGAACGGCUGCCCCUUUUCCGCUGGGCGUCAGGCACACCGAUCCGCAGGGCAGAAGCGCGGCACUUCCUGACGGUCGCGGGGCUGGCCGCCGGCCUCUCCAGAGAGGAGAUCGGCAGCCAUUCCCUGAGGAUCGGCGGGGCGACUGCAAUGUACCACGUGACCGAGGAUCUCUCCCGAGUGCGCCGAUUCGGGCGCUGGCAGUCGGACGCGUUCCACGGCUACCUGUGGGAGUCGCACGAGCCGAUGAAGGGCAUCUCCGGCAAGAUGGCCAGGGGCACCUCCUCGUUGACCAACCCGGCGAAGGACAGCGCCCCCAGCAGAGCUGCCGCCGGCGCCGAGAGCGCCAGGCGUGAGAGCCCAUGA